CGUUAUAAAGAACAGCUUCUGCUUCUCCCUUACGACAUAAUAGUUAUGAGGCAGUUAUCUUGUCUUGGAAGCCUGCUGAGAAGAAGUGUUGUCUCUAAGAUGGCUAACCGAAAUGUCAGCACCUCCAGCUAUGCCAUGGUUAAGGCUAUUGAAGACCUUGAGACAAAUCCGUACUUCAACAAAUAUGCUGAGAAAAUCGCCAAGAUGCAGAAAGCUAAACCAGAGGUGUUUUUGGAUAGAUACGCGAAGGGAAAAGAAGUCAAGGAGAGCCAGCCAGGUGGCCACGAUUUUACCAAAUUAGCAGAGAAACCUAAAGCAGUCUUACCAAAGGGUGCAUAUUCUCAUGCUGCUGAUAAGCCCCUGGAUAGUGUUAUGAAGACAGAGCUGUUGAAGGACAAAACAAAUGAAGAAGUAGAAUAUCUUUGGAGAGAACAUUUUCGAAACAAAGAUGCUGUAAGCGGAGUAAUACCUGGAAACCUGUAUGAUAAUCUACAUGAAAAUGCCAUGAAAUAUUCUACGUUCCUGUUUGCACUGCCAAGGGAAAAAGGCUUUGAGUUCGUCGUGGCACAAUUUGCUGGCCAUGAAGUGCACUUCACACCUCUCAUAAAUUAUCAGGCUUACAAGGAAAAUGCGCCUGAAUGCUUGACAUUGGUGCAUUAUCCAGAUCUCAAAGAGGAGAGAGGAAUUGUCCUAAUGCAUGGAGAGUAUGAUAAAAACAUUAUUAAUGCAUUCGAGGCACAGAAUCUAGUAAACCAAUUACAGCUGUACUACAACGGAGCAGACACAGAGAAGGCCGCACUGUUGGAGAAGUUCCACAAAAAGCCGGAAGAAUUUAAACACAUGGAUCUUAUUGAGCAACUAGAAAAGAUUGACCUCAGUGCAUUAGCUUCAGAGGACAAGAAGUAAAUAGGUAGAACUCCGGGGGGAAUUUUUUUUUAUGUACUAAAGUUGUAAAUAAAUAUGAGAGUUGGCUACAAAAA